AAUUUUAUCUCUCUAUCUCUUCUUUCUCUUCCUCUAUCACAUACACACUCUCUCACUUACAAGUUACAAAUUCAGACAGAUAUGUCAACACUGAACCAUCUUUUUGAUCUUCCAGAACAGAUAUGUUAUGUAGAAUGUGGAUUCUGUGCCACCAUUUUAAUGGUAAGUGUCCCAAGCAGCAGUUUGUCAAUGGUGGUGACAGUAAAAUGCGGACACUGCACAAGCGUCCUUUCUGUUAACAUGAUGAAAGCUUCUUUUGUCCCUUUCCACCUUUUAGCAUCUCUUAGCCAUCUUGAGCCAAAAGAAAGUAGUUCAGAACAAGAUGCUAACAAGACUUUGAAGAGACAUAAUGCAUCCAUGAUGACCUAUUCUGAUUGUGAGGAAGAGGAUGUCAUUCCAAUGAGUAAUGUUGUCAAUAAACCCCCAGAGAAGAGACAGAGAACACCAUCAGCUUAUAACUGCUUCAUCAAAGAAGAGAUUAAAAGGCUAAAGGCUGAGAACCCUGACAUGGCCCACAGGGAAGCUUUUAGUACAGCAGCAAAAAACGUAAGUGGGCCAAUUUCCCCCCAACUCAGUGCAAAGAAGAUGAAGAGAGCUGUAGCAGCCAGACAGAUCAACAUGUGGAUCUUGACUCCCAAGUGGACCCUAAUGCUGUGGUCAAUGAAGAAGAAGGUCAAGGUUUACGUGGAAGAAAGGUCCCAAAGAAUUCCAUAUUGGAAAGGACAUCGUUUGAAUGAAGAAAGUUCAGAUUAUGUGACAUAAUUAACAAGAACGUUAUUUUUUGUAACAUUAAGGUUGCCACUAAAUCUUUUUCCUAAUGAAGAAAAUAUGCUCUUGGUAAUGAAAACGAAUUAAGUAGGCUGAGAGCUGACAUUUUGAGACUUUAGGAAGUGCUUAAAUUGAUAGUUUUAUCUGACACCUUUCUGUUCCAGUCCACCAGUUCUAUUAAUUAGUCUUCUUGACCACAAAGGGUUUUUUUUUUGGCUCACGUAAAUGUUUAUUUGUUGAAGUGUUGCUUGAUAUUAAUUCAAUAAUUCUCAGACUCUCUGCAUGUUA